AUCAGUGAUUCCCAACGUGGGGCGUACGCCCCACCGGGGGGCAAAUUGAAUGUUGAGGGGGGCAACGGGAGCAAUAUGACAAUUGACGUGUAAAAUUUUAAAGUACUCUUAAAAAAAAUUAAUACCUCGAUUUAACGGACUUCGUUAAAUCGAUCAUACAUAUAUAAUAUUGUCACAAAAUUUUGUCCGAAUUCAAUAUCCCCGUUAAAUCGAACAAAAUUCGAGGCAUGAGUGGACGUGUUUAUGGCUUCGAACUUCAGGCGCGCACCAACACACAACGCACGAAGCACGAACGAGCUGCAGGCACACGGAAGCCAAUUCGGUGGACAGCGAGCAACGGCGGCAGCCGGGCGGCCUGCUCCUGCUCAGUCUACACGUCUACACUCUGCAGCACACCUCGCGCUUCUCCCGCAAUCUAUCUUUGUUCUGUGUAGUUUGCUGUGAAGUGAAAGAAGAGACAAAGAAAGAACACCGAUAACAGCGAUAACACACGCGGUUUGGCCCUGUGCUGUGCUGAUCCACGCCACAGUCCACGCCAAGGCUUUGAUCAAAACGUACACUAAAAGCGAAAAUCAUUUUUGGUGGCGAAGUCAAGGGUGAUACGUUUUGCACGGAUACAGAUAUAGUAAGUUGUCGAACUUCAUAUUUUGUACCAAAUGUAAUGCUGUUAAGUAAAUGUGCACGCAGUAGUCCCUCGUUUAUUUAUUAAGGUUUUAAUACAAUUGAUUGUAAUGAAGUAGUAUGCAAAUUGAAACGGUGCACGGUAUCAUUUUCACAAUCAACUUUUUAAAUUAAAUUAAUGUACAUGACUAAGCCGCGAUACAGAGAUGAGGUGAAAGUUAAAGCUCGAAGAACCGAGGGAUUACUUUACUUUAUUUUCAGUUUUUGACUAAAUAUAUUUAAUUAUUUCAGCUCAUAGUAAAAUGAGUACAAUCAAGAAAAAAGUUCGUCAGUAUAACGAAGAAUAUUUGAAGAUGGGUUUUAUAUCCGCUGUCCAUGAUGCACGUUUGCCCUUUUGCCUUCUAUGCGAACAAUGCUUAUCAAACGAAUCAAUGAAACGAGGUCGUUUGGAGGCCCAUUUGAAAACGAAACAUAGUGCACAAGCUAAUUCCGAUUUGAACUACUUUAAAACAUUAAAGCAGAAAUUUGAAAACAGAGCAACAUUAAAGACUCUCUUUACCGCAAAGACUGCAACAGUUAAUCGUACCCUUGAAGCAAGUUAUCAAAUUUCAUUACUGAUUGCUAAAAGUGGAAAAAAUCAUACAAUAGGAGAGAAUUUAAUCAAACCAUCAAUAUCGGCAUUUCUUAAAACAGUUCUUGAGAAAGAUGACAAAGACGUAAGAGCAAUGCCUUUAAGUAACAAUACAGUCAUGAAAAGAAUAGAUGAAAUGAGUGCCGAUAUUGAAAAACAACUUAUUGAAAAGCUAAAAACAAGAAAAUUUUCAAUACAAAUGGAUGAAUCAACUUUGAGGGACAGUGAAGCCGCAUUAUUAGCGUACGUAAGGUAUAUUGAAAAUGGAGAAUUUGCUGAGGAAAUGCUGUUCUGCAAACUACUAGAAAGCACCACUACCUCCAAAGAUAUAUAUAACAAACUCAAGGAUUACUUAAAUGUCAACGAUAUAUCAAUGCAAAAUAUAACCUCCUGUGCUGCGGAUGGUGCUCCUAAUAUGAUGGGCAAGAAAAAUGGCUGCUUAAAAUUGAUGAAAGAUGAGAAUCCAGAAAUGAUUCUUGUGCAUUGUGUUAUUCAUCGGCAAAAUUUGGUAGCUAAAAAUAUUUCGCCUCAUCUAAAUGAAGUAAUGAAAAAGGUAAUUAAAUGCAUUAAUUCCAUUAAAGCUAAUGCCAAAUGUGAGCGUCUCUUCAAAUUAUUUUGCGAAGAACAAAAUGCAGACCAUGUGAGGCUAUUACUUCACACUGAAGUAAGAUGGCUCUCGAAAGGUAACUGCUUGAAAAGAUUUAUGGAAUUAUUUGAUGCACUUCGUGAUUUUUUAAGUGAGAAACCAGAAAUGCAAUACUUGUCAACAGUCGAUGGUAAAGCAUAUGUGAGUUAUUUAGCCGAUAUAUUUGAAAAACUAAAUAUAUUAAAUAGCCAACUUCAAGGAAAAAACAAAACUCUUGUUGACGCAAAAGCUAAGAUAUUCGGUUUCAUCACCUUUAUUGAAUUAAGCCAAAAACAUAUUUGCAACAAAAAUUUUGAGAGAUUUUAUUGGCUCCAAAAAUGUGAAGUGUCUGAUAACGCCAUAAUUGUAAUUGUCGAUCACCUGAAAGCUCUGCAAGUUGAUAUGAAGGAACGAUUUUCUGACUUGGACCAAAUUGAUUUUCCAACUUGGAUGAUGCAGCCAUUGUUAGUGGAUUUGGCUGAUGUUACAAAUGUGCAGUAUCAAGAAGAACUUGCAGAAAUGCAAAAUGAUGAGUCUGUUAAAACUUUAUUUAACAUAAAAGGAGCGAUGGCAUGGCUAUGUGAGGAAACAGAAACCAAAUAUCCAAGUUCAACUAAAUUCGCAAGGAAACUAUUACUUCCAUUUCCAUCUUCCUAUUUAGUUGAAUGUGGAUUCAGUGCCAUAACUGAUUUGCUGCUCAAGAAAAGAAAUCGGCUGGAUAUUUCCAAAAGGGGAGACUUGAGACUGAAGCUGACGAAAUUGGAACCCAAUAUUAAAUCUCUUUGCAGCAGGCAUCAAGCUCAAGGAUCUCACUGAAUCAUAAUAACUGAUAUUACUCAUCACAAAAUAUUGUAAAAAUAUUAUAAAAACAUAUUUGUUUUGAAAUAAAAUUAUUUUGUAUACGAGAACUGAUACUUUAUCUUAUUUUAAAUUUAUUAAAGGUUAUGAAAAGUUCAUGGAGAAAGUAAUAACUUUUGAAAUUAUGAAAUUAUUUCUUAAAGGUGACUCCUUAACAUUCCCUGAGACUUUAUCGUUAGCCUAAAAAACAUGGGGGGGGGCGUGGAAAUAUCCAUCGACCUAGAUGGGGGUCAUGGCUCAAAAAGGUUGGGAAACACUGUU